AUGGGUAUCGAUCAAGGGCCACCAGGGCAACCACCUUCGUCCUUGCUCUUUGCGACUUCCGACUUCCGAUCCCAAGGACCACCAGUGGACAUCCAUGCCACCACCUACGUGCUUGCGACUUCCAGCCUCAUCAUCGAAUCCAAGGACCACCAUUCGACAACCUCGCACCGAUCAACCCCCUUGGUGGUACUUCCAACCCCCAUGCACCAAUCCACGUCCUUGUCGACUGGAACUUCCGUUCUCCAGGGGUUCAAGAUGAAGGUGGCAUUCGCGUUGGUGGCCUUCGGCUUCCUUGGGGCAUGUCUGGCGAGUCCCCUGGAGAAGAUCGACAAGAUCGGCGUCCUUGAGCAGCAAUCCGUCACCCUGACCGAUCGCGCCAAGUACGAGGAGGAAUUGCUCCGCAAACUGAAUUCCAAGUGCUCGCAGAACGACAUCAGCAGCUGCGUGAUGCUGAAGCUGGUGACGUACAUGAACAAGCUGCUGAAGAAGGCGUCGAUCGAGCUGACCGACGACAUCGAGAUCAGGAAGACGAGCCAGGUGACCGAGGAGGUGUCCUUCCAGACCGGCAGGAGCAAAGACGACGACUCCGAGGUCCUGGACCUGAUCGUCAACAAGGUCUAUGCCUUCGUCAAGUCCAGGAGCGUGAAAUGGAGAAUCCUCCCCGAAGACGACGUCGUGGUAUCAGCCUCUGAAGACGAGACCGGGUCCCUUAACCUUGGCCUUUCGAUCGAGCGAGCCGACAGUGCUGCCGUUCAGGAUGGUCGUGGGAAGAAGGGCGGUAACAUGGGAGCUCUUCUGGCAGCGGCGGUGCUGAAGAUCGGUCUCAUAGGAGGUCUUGCCUUCAAGGGACUCGCCUUAUUAGUGGGCAAAGCCCUUCUGCUGUCGAAGAUCGCUUUGCUGCUGGCCGGUAUCAUCGGAUUGAAGAAGCUCUUCAGCCACCAGAAGCACGUGACGUACGAGGUGGUGGCACAUCCUCAUCACUCGUCCAGCCACACCUACAGCUCGGACCAUGGUCAUGGUGACAGCUAUUCCAGUGGAUGGGCUAGAAGCUUCCAUGGGCCUGCGCCGGUUCCUGGUCAACCGGAUGCCCAUGACCUAGCCUAUUCCGCCCACGUGAAGUGA